CCCACACUCCACACCCUUACUAAACCUAAACCCUUACUAAACCCUCUUCACCCCUGCGAAAGUAAACCCUCUUCCUCUCUGCGAAAGGGUUGGCUUCAUCGCACGCCAAAACCUAAACCCUCUUUCUCUCUGCUAAUGGGAAUCGGAAGUUGCAUUAUUCGCCUGGACAAUUUCCCUCUUCCCUUCCUCUCCCGUUCCCCUUCCUUCUCUUCCUCCUCUUCUCGCUUUAAAGCACCAAAAGCAACCUUCCAGAUCCGCUUCUUUCCCCUUUCCACAAUCUAUGGCAAAAGAAAAUCAAUUUUCUGUUCCAACGAACACCGUCACGUGUCUUCCACCGCCGCUGCAGCGGCUGUUGCUGCUCCUGCUCUCGCUGCUGACACUGCGACCAAAGUUGGAAAACGAACAGACAUAAAAAAAAUUCUGAUCCUUGGAGCUGGACCAAUCGUCAUUGGUCAAGCAUGCGAGUUCGAUUACAGUGGAACGCAAGCAUGCAAGGCUCUCAAAGAAGAAGGGUAUGAAGUUAUUCUAAUAAAUUCAAAUCCUGCUACUAUAAUGACUGAUCCUGAUAUGGCUGAUAGGACCUAUAUUACCCCUAUGACUCCUGAAUUAGUUGAGCAGGUUCUCGAAGCGGAGCGUCCCGACGCCCUGCUUCCCACCAUGGGUGGCCAAACUGCCCUCAACCUGGCUGUGGCUCUCUCUGAGAGCGGCGCCUUGGAGAAAUACGGUGUGGAAUUGAUUGGGGCCAAGCUGGAGGCUAUUAAGAAGGCCGAAGAUAGGGAUUUGUUUAAGCAGGCUAUGAAGGAUAUAGGGAUUAAGACUCCGCCUUCCGGGAUAGGAACCACCAUUAGGGAGUGCAUGGAAAUUGCCAAUGAGAUUGGCGAGUUUCCAUUGAUUGUUAGGCCUGCCUUUACGUUAGGUGGAACGGGUGGUGGGAUUGCUUACAAUAGAGAAGAGUUUGAGGAGAUUUGUAAGGCUGGGAUUGCUGCUAGUUUAACCAGUCAAGUUUUGAUUGAGAAGUCCUUGUUGGGGUGGAAGGAGUAUGAGCUUGAGGUUAUGAGGGAUUUGGCUGACAAUGUGGUUAUUAUAUGUUCCAUUGAGAAUAUUGAUCCCAUGGGAGUUCAUACCGGAGACUCAAUUACUGUUGCACCUGCACAGACUCUUACCGAUAAGGAGUAUCAGCGCCUUCGAGAUUACUCCAUUGCUAUAAUUAGAGAGAUUGGGGUGGAAUGUGGGGGAUCCAAUGUGCAGUUUGCUGUCAACCCUGUGAACAGUGAGGUGAUGGUGAUCGAGAUGAAUCCGAGAGUCUCAAGGUCCUCGGCCCUGGCAUCAAAGGCUACCGGAUUUCCAAUAGCAAAAAUAGCAGCAAAAUUGUCUGUAGGCUAUUCACUGGAUCAAAUUCCAAAUGAUAUAACAAAAAAGACUCCGGCUAGUUUUGAGCCCUCGAUAGAUUAUGUGGUUACAAAGAUUCCUCGGUUUGCUUUUGAGAAGUUCCCUGGUUCAAAGCCAAUAUUGACAAAGCAGAUGAAGUCUGUUGGUGAGGCAAUGGCUAUAGGGAGAACCUUCCAAGAGUCCUUUCAAAAAGCUGUCCGCUCACUGGAACACGGAUACCCUGGAUGGGGUUGUUCGAAAGUGAAAGAGUUGGACUAUGACUGGGAACAAUUGAAGUACAGUCUUCGAGUUCCUAACCCUGAACGCAUCCAUGCCAUAUAUGCUGCAAUGAAAAAAGGCAUGAGCAUUGAUGAAAUUUUCGAGUUGAGUUACAUUGACAAAUGGUUUCUUACUCAGCUCAAGGAGCUAGUUGAUGUGGAAAAUUUCUUGAUGUCCCACUAUUUGUUUGAUUUGACGAAUGUUAAUUUUCAUGAGGUUAAGAAAAGAGGGUUUAGUGAUAAACAGAUAGCAUUUGCAACUAAAUCUGCUGAAAAGGAAGUUCGGUGCAGGCGAUUGUCUCUGGGUGUUACUCCAGCAUAUAAGCGAGUUGAUACCUGUGCUGCAGAAUUUGAAGCUAAUACUCCUUAUAUGUAUUCCUCUUAUGAUUUUGAGUGCGAGUCUGCUCCCACUAAAAGAAAGAAGGUUUUAAUUUUGGGUGGUGGACCAAAUAGAAUUGGCCAAGGGAUUGAGUUUGACUAUUGUUGCUGUCAUGCAUCCUUUGCUCUUCAGGAUGCAGGAUAUGAGACAAUCAUGGUGAAUUCAAAUCCUGAGACAGUCUCUACAGAUUAUGACACCAGUGAUCGUCUAUACUUUGAACCCUUGACCGUUGAAGAUGUUUUGAACAUUAUUGAAUUGGAAAGACCUGAUGGUAUCAUUGUGCAAUUUGGAGGUCAAACACCAUUGAAAUUGUCUCUCUCCAUACAACAAUACCUGGAUGAACACAAGCCAGCAUGUGCCAGUGGACUUGGUCAUGUACGUAUAUGGGGAACAUCCCCUGAUUCCAUAGAUGCCGCUGAGGACAGAGAAAGGUUUAAUGUGAUGCUCAAUGAAUUAAAGAUUGAACAGCCAAAAGGAGGAAUUGCCAGGAGUGAAAAAGAUGCACUCGCCAUUGCGGCAGAGAUUGGAUACCCAGUUGUUGUUCGCCCUUCCUAUGUUCUGGGAGGUCGAGCAAUGGAGAUUGUUUAUAGUGAUGAUAAACUUGUGACUUAUCUUGAAACUGCUGUUGAGGUGGAUCCAGAGCGCCCUGUAUUAAUUGACAAGUAUUUAUCUGAUGCCAUUGAGAUUGACGUUGAUGCACUGGCUGACUCACAUGGCAAUGUGGUCAUUGGUGGGAUAAUGGAGCACAUUGAACAGGCUGGGGUACAUUCUGGUGACUCUGCCUGCUCUAUUCCCACAAGAACUGUUCCGUCUUCUUGCUUGGAGACAAUCAGGUCAUGGACUGAAAAAUUGGCGAAACGACUGGGUGUCUGUGGGCUCAUGAAUUGUCAGUAUGCAAUUAAUAAUUCAGAGGAGGUAUUUUUGCUUGAGGCCAACCCUCGAGCUUCUCGCACUGUUCCAUUUGUAUCAAAAGCAAUAGGUCAUCCGUUGGCUAAAUACACUUCCCUUGUCAUGUCUGGAAAGUCUCUCUAUGAUAUACAGUUUACAAAAGAGGUCAUUCCUAAAUAUGUGUCCGUUAAGGAAGCUGUUCUUCCCUUUUCGAAAUUCGCAGGCUGUGAUGUGCUUCUAAGUCCUGAGAUGCGAAGUACUGGUGAGGUCAUGGGUAUUGACUCUCUGUAUAAUACUGCAUUUGCUAAGGCUCAAAUUGCUGCUGGCCAGAAGUUACCAACUUCUGGAAUUGUGUUUCUUAGCUUAAAUGAUUUAACAAAGCGUCACCUUGAGAAGAUUGCAAAGACCUUCGUCGAGGCUGGUUUUAAGAUUGUUGCUACUUCUGGAACAGCUCAUGCUCUUAAAUCAGCUAAUAUCCAAACUGAGCGAGUGCUGAAGAUGCAUGAAGGUAGGCCUCAUGCUGGUGACAUGAUUGCCAAUGGAGACAUUCAGCUAAUGGUGAUAACGAGUUCUGGUGAUGCACUUGAUCAGAUAGAUGGUUUAGCUCUGAGAAGAAUGGCUUUGGAUUACAAGGUUCCUAUUGUCACAACGGUUAACGGCGCUAUUGCAACUGCUGAAGCAAUAAAGAGUUUGAAAUCCAAUUCUAUCAAAAUGAUUGCUCUACAAGACUUCGUUGAGUGUAAAGAGUCAGAAUAGUUUUGCAGCAACCUCUUUCUCUCCUAAGUGGCUAUGUGAUAUAUACUAGUUGAGCAGGUUCUUGAAGCGAAGCACCCUGACCCUCUGCUUCCCACCAUGGGUGGCCAAACCACCCUUAACCUCGUUGUGAAGCUCUCUGAGAGCAGUGCUUGGAGAAAAACGGUGUGGAAUUGAUUCGGCGAAGCUGGAGACUAUUAAGAAGGUUGAGGAUAAGGAUUUGUUUAAGCAGACUAUGAAGAACAUAGGGAUUAAGACCCUGCUUUCUGGGAUAGGAACCAUCAUUAGGGAGUGUAUGGAAAUUGCUAAUGAGAUUGGCGAGUUUUCGCUGAUCAUUAGGCCUGGCCUGCUUUUAUGUUCGGUGGAACAGGUGGUGUGAUUGCUUAGAAUAGGAAAGAGUUUGAGGAGAUUUGCAAGGUUGGAAUUGCUGCUAGUUUGACAAGUCAGGUUUUGAUUGAGAAGUCCUCGUUGAGGUGAAAGGGGUAUGAGCUUGAGUUUAUAAGGGACUUGGCUAACAAUGUGGUUAUUAUAUGUUCCAUUGAGAAUAUUGAUCCCAUGGGAGUUCAUACCGGUGAUUCAAUCACUGUUACACCAGCACAGACCCUUAUCGAUAAGGAGUAUCAGCGCAAUCGAGAUUACUCCAUUGCUAUAACUAGAGAGAUUGGGGUGGAAUGUGGGGGAUCCAAUGUGCAGUUUGCUAUCAACCCUAUAAAUGGUGAGGUGAUGGUGAUCGAGAUGAAUCCGAGAGUCUCAAGGUCCUUGGCCCUGGCGUCGAAGGCUACUGGAUUUUUGAUAGCAAAAAUGGCAACAAAGUUGUCUGUAGGGUAUUCACUGGAUCAAAUCCCAAAUAAUACAACAAAAAAGGACAUUGCUGAUUAUGAGCCCCCCAUAGAUUAUGUGGUUAUAAAGAUUCCUCGGUUUUCUUUUGAUAAAUUUCCUGGUUCAAAAUCAAUAUUGACAACAGAGAUGAAGUCUGUUGGUAGGCAAUGGCUAUAUGGAGAAUCUUCCAAGAGUCCUUUCAAAAAGUUGUCCUGUCACUGGAACACG